AUGGUGACGGCAACAACAGAAGACAAGGGCGCAGAGAAGAUCGCCUUCGUGAUGCGCGUGCUGAAGCACACCGAGAUGGCCAAGCCGGAUUGGAAGGCCGUCGCCGCCGAAGAGGGUAUCUCGAGGGCAGAUAACGCACAGCAGAAAUUCCGCAACACGGUCAAAAGCCUGGGCUACGCCUUUGUGAACGACCAGAUCGUCGACUUGAAUGAUAAUCCCGGCGGUUCGGGAGGAGCCACCCUUGAAACCAAGACCGAAACCACAGCCACAACCACUCCGACCAAGAAGAGAAAGUCUCCUGCCAAGAAAGACACGGCCACCAAUGGCGAAGAGACACCGAGCAAGAAGACCAAGACCAGUCUUUCUGCUUCUGCUGGUGGCGAUCGUGAUGGUGAAGAUCAGGCAUUGCAGGCCGAGCAAGACCCAGAAUGA